UAAUAGGAACAUUUUGUCCCAAACUGCUCGCGAUAGAAGUUAUGAAAAAAGCGACUAAAAACAGUUAUGGGAUUUCGUCUUCGUUCUUCCAAAGUUCUGAACUUCGAUAACUGCGUCUGCAGCUUUACUUGUCUCAUUCUGGCGAACAGUUGAGAAUCUAGAGCUCAAUGAUUUUGAUUUUUCUAGUAAAAUUUUUGCUGCAUAUUCUCGUGCUGUUAAAAGGUUACAAGUGAGCAGGAAAACUGGAAAAGUAAGAAUGUGUCGAAUUCUUACAAAGCGUCGUCUGGAGUAUUACGCCAAUCCCCUUUACGACAAAGUUCCCUUGUUCAAAGAAGGAGAUAUAGUCUGGGUUUAUGAAAAGCCACCCCGUACCUCGGUAUGGAUGGUGUAUGAAGCUAAGAUCAAAGCCCGACUGGCGCAGCUAAUGCCGCAGUAUGACAACUAUCUGCGAAUGGGAGCGGACAUUCCUGUCUACGAUGUGGAAUUUCAGUGGACAGUGGUGGAAGAGGAGCAACCGGACGAUGACGAUGUACAAGUGGUGGAACAGCGAUUUGUCAACCGAUUCUUUGAGCAGCACAUCUACGACCCGAAACGACUGACCGCCGAAGAAAUGUUCUGCCACGUGGGCAUGAACAAUCAGAACGUUCUGUACAAUCUUACGGACGCCCAAAAAGAAGUUAUUCCGAAAGAAGGUCUUGUUUUUAUCGGCAACACACAAUAUGCAGAGCUGCUGGCAUAUCUCGAAAGAUCAGGAAAAAUGAUCGACCACAGUAGCUGCGAUACCGAUUUGGAAAUAAGCGAUGAAGAAGCAGUCCAAGAAUCCGAUGCGGAUGAGGAAUACCGCGGAAGGAACAAAGGAAAUUCGAAUGUUUGGAAGAAACGCCGAACUAAGGCGCAUAGACGAAGACGAUCGAAGUCAUCUCCGAAAAAGCCAUCCCCGCUGAAGCGUAAGUCAUGUCCUGCUCAACGUGCAACACUGAAGCAAGAGCCGCAGCUCACUUGGCCGGCAAAACCCGUAUGUCCCAAAUCCGCCGGAAUAUUUCCACGCAAGAGUAUUUUAAAGCCGAGUGCCAGCGAUUUCAGUUUGUCCUCUUCGACGUCCGGUGAAACUGAUGAUGUGGAUGUCGUGGAGGAGAGAAGACCAAUGCAUCAGAUCUGUCAUAAAAGUUUCGGAGGCGUGAAACCGCACACGCAAGACGAAUUAAUCGGCCGGCACGAAAGCGAGAACGAUGAUGAUACUGGAAGCGUAGACACAAACGGAAAUGAGUAUCCUAAACCGGCAAAUCAGGCGAUUAUGGAACCGGAUGUUGCGUCGGAGGGAGCGUCGUCGAAUAUGGGGCAUAUGGUUAUUCACGGGAUCAACGCUGGAGGGAAAUCCAGUUCGUCCGGGGGAAGCCGGCGUGGAGGCACCCAGGGUGGUAGGGGAGCGCGCCGGGCCCGUGGACGAGGUGGUCGGAGUACGGCAGCGCUGCCGCGUCGAGCAGCAACCAGCAAGAAAGCCUGCUGUUAAUCCGCACUCUCAUCAGCAUUAUACGGGAGAUGAUCCUUCUUAUCUGCGGUGUUGCGAUGACAGGCUGAUUUUAAUGCAUGCACGAGUAUGCUGUGUGCGUUGCAGUGUCUGGAAAUUUUGAAUGCUUUUAGAAUGAAUGCUUGCUUGCUUUUUUGAAUGCUUUUGAUCUUUCAUAUGCAUCUCGAUGUUUACUACUCCCAAAUAUUUUCGGUAUUAUUUUUUGAAAUUUUUUCAAUCAUUUAUACGUCAUGUUUUAUGUUUAGCCUGUUUCUCGAUGGUGGUCGCAUUUUAGUGUAAACUGACGGCAUGAACUUUCGUUUUAUGGUGUGUCUCAAAAAUAAAAUU